AAAAAAGUUUACACCAAAAAGAUCUGCAGUAUGCACUAUCUGCAGUAUUUAAUAAACUAUGGUGCGGUGUAGGGGAUUAGUAUCAAUAAGAAACAGUGCCGUUUUAUCUUGUUAAUCGUUUGUUAUUGAUGCCGAAUGUUAUUCAUGUCAAGGAUAAAGAGUAUUGAAAUAUACAAUGGUUCGUAGAAGUGAAGUCUUCGGUAUAUCGAUAGUUGCGGUAGUAUGUCUCCUUUUAAUAGUGUUUAGCCAGAAAGAUCUAAAUAACUAUCAGCGGUCUCACAGGUAUCAGCAGUAUAUCGAGCUAGACGAUAGUUUCAAAUAUUCAAACACUAACAAUACUUAUAGUACACGAUCCAUUGACGAUGUGAUUUCUAUCCAAAGAAGCUUGUUGUCGAAAGAAUUAUCGAGGUACGAGUUUCCGGAAGAUACAAAUCUUGACGAUUAUACACUUUCCACAGGAGGUAAACCAAUUCGAACCAUUAUUAUAACAACCUGGAGAUCAGGCUCUACCUUUCUGGGAGACAUACUCAACGCUGUGCCAGGUAACUACUACCACUAUGAGCCGCUGCUAGACUACGGCAUAGUCCAGAUUAGAGGCCCUCCCGAUGCCAGACCAGCUCUGGAGACCCUCAAAAGCUUAUUGAACUGUGAUUAUAGUAAUUUGUACAACUACCUAAACUUUGGGUUGUCACACGUUUUCUUGUUCACCCAUAACACUAGGUUGUGGGACCAGUGCGAGAUUUAUCCAACAUAUUGCUGGAAUGCCACAUUUUUAAAUAAGUUUUGUAAAUUGUUCCCGUUUCAAAGUAUGAAAAGUGUGAGACUGAGGUUGGCACUUGCUGAGAAACUUCUAGAAGACGAAGAUUUAAACGUUAAAGUAAUCUUACUAGUACGCGAUCCUCGCGGCACGAUGCAGUCCCGCAAACAUAGAGACUGGUGCCCGGGCAUGCCUGACUGUGAUCAACCCUACAAUCUGUGCAGGGAUUUAGUGUCUGACUAUAAGGCAGCUGGCCCGCUUUUGCAGCUUUAUCCAGAUAGAUUCAGGGUUUUGCGAUACGAAGACCUGUCGUUGGACCCCAACGAAAUCGCCAGAGACCUGUUCGACUUCCUAGGUCUCCAUUUUCAUAGAAAUGUCGAAAAAUUCUUGGCCACUCAUACGCGGUUCAAUAUAGGUGGCGUGUCGAGCACGUUUAGGGAUUCCAAGAGCACGCCGUUCCACUGGAAGUCGGAUCUGAACUACACCGAGGUGCAGAACAUCGAAGAAAACUGCGAGGAGGCGAUGAGGCUGUGGGGCUACAACAGAGCCAAGAACGUAUCCGAUAUGAAGGAGUUCAAUCCUUUGACGGCCUAUCGGGUGCUAUGAGGUGAGGUUUUUGUAUCAGUUUUGUAAGUUGUUAGCGUUCCGAAGAUCUUUUAGUAGAUUCUAGUUUAGACUUGUUAUUGGAAAUAAUUUUUCCAUGGACGAAAAAAAAAUGUGCUGAAAACAUUCUUAGGCCAGUAAAUGACAGUUUUUAGAGUGUAAUUUUCCUGGUCAUGACGAAUUUGCCUGAAAAUUUGGAUCUAUAGCGCGUUUCGCUGUUACUUUGCAGUAGGAGAAGCAUAGGCCUAUGUAAAUCUUAUGGAACUUUGGAGCUCAGUGUUGCCGGUUUUAUUAUUUUUAACUAAUUCAUAGAUAUUAUUUAUACGAUGUUAACGAUACAGCAUUUGAAUAUUAUAAUUAGCCUGUGAUUAAUACUUAACUAAAUAUCCAUUUCCUAAUUGGCUUUGUUCACGUAAAUUACUCUGAUAAUUAGUACGAAUUAAGUGCAUGCGUUGUUCUCACCUAAAUUCCUGUUUCGUUAUUACGACUAUUAGUGUAAUUACCUUUAUACAGCCUAAUGUUCGUAAUUACAUAUAGUAUUUUUACUACAAAAGCGAUAUUACGUAGGUCAAAAUUUUUGACGUAAGAGAACUGUCAAAACAUUAGAAUGUGACUUUUCAUUAUUGCCAUGUUUA